CUGAGCCUGUGGCGCGGGGCGGGGCUCAGACGUACUGUGAUCAGCUGUCAGCGGAGGGGCGGGCGCUUUGUAUGUAGCGCUGUGUGGUUGCUGUGGUGACGGCUCCCUGGUGGAGCUUCGCGCUGUUACUGAGUCUGACCCUCGCAGAGCCUCGUCGUCCUGUACCCGGAAGUGUUAUUCUGGUUUGUGAUCUUUACACCCGUACGGGUCACUCACGGCGGCCUCAUGGACUCCUGGGUCCGGUUCAGCGGCCAGAGCCAAGCCAAGGAGCGGAUCAUCAGAGCUGCCCAAUAUGCCUGCACAUUGCUGGGGUACUCUCUGCAGAAAAGCGGAGCCAGUGCGGAACUGGUUGCAACUCUGAAACGGCUGGAGUCACACCUGAGCCUGGGCCGGAAGUUGUUCCGGUUGGGUAACUCAGUAGAUGCCUUGGAGUCGGCCAAGCGGGCCAUUCACCUCUCCGACGUCGUCUUGAGGUUCUGCAUCACGGUGAGCCACCUCAACAGAGCCAUGUAUUUUGGCUGCGACAACAUCCUGUGGCUGGGGAAGAGCGGUCUGUCUCGGGAGUUGGACCAGGAGAAGUGGAGCCAGCGCUCGUUCAGAUAUUACCUCUUCUCCCUCAUCAUGAACCUGAGCCGGGACCUCUAUGAGCUGAAACUCCUGAUGGAGGUGGAACAGGGCCAGAAGCGUCCAUCCUCUAAAGCUUCAGCAGAGAACGGGGAGAUGUCUUGCAGGAAUCGCCCACCACGCCAGGUCUUGGGGCUCCAGCUGCACCUGCUACUCCAUGUCCUCCGUUGCAACCCUCCACUUCUCCUAGACGUGGUCAAGAAUACUUGUGACCUCUUCAUCCCCCUGGACAAGCUGGGACUGUACAAGACAAACCCUGGCUUUGUGGGGUUGUGUGGCCUGACAUCCUCCAUACUGUCCAUCCUGACCAUUGUCCACCCCUGGCUGAAGCUGAAGCCAUGAUGUGGGCCCGCUGACCCAUGCUUAUUUCUUAAUUAAUCUUAAUUUAAGACCCUUGCGGAACUGGCUGGUUGGCGCAGAGCCUGGCCGGGCUAGGAGCAUGAGAACUCUGUUAUAAUAUAACGGUUGUAUCUGAGGCUGUGUAUUGUACACCUAGGAAACAUGAGCGGGUGACCCGGGGGGCGCGGAGCGGGAUGGGAAAUUUCACCGUAUGUUCGUGCACCUAGCAGGAGAGGGGCGCUGUAACGACACAGAGUCGGCUGGAUAGGAAGUUUGGACUGACACCUCACGUCGUUAGGUCUGUGCUAUAAUCACAGCACAGUCACAAUGCGUUUACAGUGCGCAGAGCAGGGGCUGUGUUUUUUUAGAUUGCUGCAUAUCCUGCCUAGGUAACAUGGCUGUACAGGUGGCCAGUGAUCUCUAAGCAGGGACUGACUCAUUUACCAAUAAAUAUUCUCAAUGUUUUCACUAGUGGUGUGUAGUUUCACCUUGCAGCCUGCAGGGGGCGCACUGUCUCCAGCAAACAACAUUUAUUUUCCCAAUGAAAACUAUGUUGUCAGGAAAAGCCUUACGCCUGUGCUCUAGCCGAGUGGCUGCCUGUGACCUGUUGUUGGGACACGGUGUAGGGCUCCCCUGUCAUUACCAUGUAUUACUCAGCAGUCCUAAAACGCUCCGCUGUGACUUCUGAUUAUUACUGUAUUAAUUCUGCCCACUCCCAUGAGAUAUUUCACCUCUACUUCUAACUGUGAAUUCAGCCCCUGUGCAGAUUACCGGCCCCUCUGUAUCACGAUUAACCACUUACAGUGCCGUCGCCUAUUGCUGGGGAGGUCACCGUCUGUCACCGCCCCUCUUCUGUACCUCUACAUAUAUACGUAACUGGAAGAAAGCGCCGGAUAGUUGUAAGGACCAGUAACGUAAAUAAUCUGUACUUGGCUCCUGUUAUUCUCCAUAAGAGGCUUCAGGUGGCUCAUUUUCCGGAAAUGUACUAAGCAUUACAGAGAGAUAAAGUACCAGACAAUUAAUUGUCAUGCUACAGGGUGUGUUUGAAAAAUGACAGGAGCUGAUUGGCUAGUAGUCAUUAUGGGGCAGAUGUAUUAAGCCUGGAGAAGUGAUAAAGCAGCAAUAAGUGCACAGUGAUAACACACCAGCCAAUCAUUACAGAUUUGAAAAAUGUCAGGAGCUGAUUGGCGGUGGAGUUAUUAUCUUCCACUUAUCACUGCUUUAUCAUUUCUCCAGGCUUAAUACAUCUGCCCCAAUGUGUCAUAGAGAUAAAACUGUCGUGAACAUAGGAAUUGGUAAUUAAAAGGCUAACGCCAGCACAAAAGGAGACUAAUGUUAACGUACGACCGCUUGAGCGAGCAUCGCUUCCCCUCCCCCUUGAAUUUCCCAUUCACGUGAACUGGGACAAUCAGUAAGAGGAAAGAAGAACAUGGCGACAUUACAGCCGAUGAAGACCCCCGGCAGAUUGAAUUAAUCCUGUCUCCUACAAAGUUUUCUAUACUACCUAAUAGAUAUUUUACACUGUUGUUAUGUGACUAGAUUGGUUGCUAUGGGUUACAGAGCUUUGGUGCGCUGUAACCCAUAGAAACUAACCAGGCGUCUUCUGUAACCACAGCAACCAGAUGUCUGGAGGUAACCAUAGAAACGAACAAGGUUUUUUGCGGUAUGUAUAAUAACUAAUCGGGUCUCUCAUGAUGCCCACACACGGUGAGAUCUGUGCCAGGUGCGAUUUGAGCAUAUACAAUGGGUGGUAUUCAAUUCUUUUCACCCCCUUCCACACCCGUUCUGUUUCUGCUGAUGGGUGUGGUAUAAUCAUUUCAGCUCGCUAUCCCCGGGGUAGCGAGGACGCCCAACCCUUUACGCAGCUAAACCUGAUUAUUAUGGGCGUGAUAACGAGGAUCACCUUAGAAAGGAGAUUGGGGGUGAUGUAUCAUUUGAAUACCGCCCAAUGUGUGCUAUGCAAUUUGGACUUAAGAGGUAUGAGAUUUGCAUUACACCCGAUUUUGACUACUCUACAAUAUGUAAUGUAUGCGAUGUAGUACAAAAAUACCUGCCUGCACAUACUAUUUUGUCUUGCGAUAUCGACUAUGCGGGAGCGCGCAUCGUAUCGCAAAGGAAAAUAAACACUGUGCAAUUUGAACUAGACGCGAUGCAAUUUGAACUAAAAAUAUCAAAUCGCACGCGAUAAUCGCACUGUAUGUGGGCACCAUUAGACUAAUAAAAGCUGGCCUCUUGUUGCUGUGGGUUACAGAAGAUGGGUGCAAGAAGCGAUGGUGUGCUGUAACCAUAACAGCCAGCCAGCUCUCUACUUCUACCUGUCAUCUUUUUUUGUUGCUAUGGGUUACCACACAUGGUUGCAAAGUGUGGUACUGUAUACUGUUGUCCAUAGCAACCAACCGGGUGAUUAAAGACUGCCGUAGAAACCAAUCAGCAUUCUGCUUGUAACUGUCUAGUCCUGCUAACGACAGCUGACAUCGUAAUGGUUGCUAUGGGUUAAAGCGUUAUUAAACCCCAUAAGACGUGUAAUGUGUGAGGAACCAUGGUAUACAGACUUUGAGGACCCCAAUGAAAAGAAUAAUAUCUGACGAACAAUCUAACUUUUGCAAGUAAUAAAAACAAUUUAAUUAUGUGAGAAUUUGUUAAUAAUGUGCUGUAAUUUUGUAAAUAAUCCUGGCUUGUGACCACAGAUUAAAUAUUCACCUUUUA